GUAGGCCGCAGUGAAGCCUGAACUCGAGUAGGCCCAAGCAAGCCAGGAAGGAGGAGACAGCCAGAGUGGCCACCAGUGUUCUCUGCAGCAGACCCCUUGCUGCCCAGCAUUUGCCAGAUACGGUGACAGAAGCUGCUGUUUACAUGGGCUUUUCUUCCUGUUGUUUGCUUAUGGAAAAUAAGUGGGAGUGACAAAAAAGAAGGAGAAGAAGAAGGCAAGAGAGGGAGGCACUGACCACAGAGCAGAGCCAGUAACCUUGUCUUAUGUGAUCAUUAACCUUGCUGAAAAGGCAGCUGGCAGCUCCUUUUUAAAGCUUGUCAUUAGAAUGUGAGCGGAGUCAGAGAUACUGCAGACACAUUUCAGGAAGAGUGUCCAAUUUGCGGCAAGUGUUAUAAAUAUUGGAUCCAUUUGGUGCGUGCCUGCAAAAUGAGAUUCCAACAGCUCAUUUUGACUUGGUUUUUGCUCCUGACUGGAGUGCUCCUCAUCAGCGGACAGAGGCCAGCUAACCUGGCCUCCAGGAGAAAACUGCACAGACACCACUGUUCCCACAGGAGGUGCAUGCCCCUGCAUUCCAGAGUGCCCUUCCCCUGAGUUUCCAUAGCUGCUGGGAAGAGGAAUGAAGUGGAGAAGUCCAAAUGACAACAUUUGAUAGUGGCACUAUUGUAAUCUAUGCAGGUGUCCUAUAAGCCAUCAUCUGGAAGCAUUCAAACACCUUAUCAGAAGCCUGUUGGGAUAAGCUUCACAGGAGUUUUGGGUUUCUCCAAGCAGGGAGAACACAAUGAAGAAGAAAGCAAUCCUAUCUGGGAGCUUUGGAAAAUCAUCUGUGCAAUAUGAUAGUUUUUCUUUCCAUCAACACAGCACUCUAGUAGCCAGAAAGCAAACUUUACAGUAUUAGGACAGUUAUAUCAUUUUAAAAGAACUAUUGGCAUAUUAACAGUAUUAUCACUUAACUAUUUGUAUGUUUGUAUAUCUUUUACACCUAGCUAAGAAUAUGCAAGAAUGAAGCAACUGUUUCAUAAAUAAUAGGAUUGGAUUGGUUAUUAUUUAUAAUUGCAUAUUUGAUGUUUAAAGCCACCAUUAUUCAAUCAACCUUGCCAUUAUUUCAAUACUAGGAUAUUGACUUGCAUUGUCAGGUGCCUACUUGUCUUUUAGUGGAGAAUUCUUAAAUAAUUAACUUCCACUGUAGAGUCCUACAGGCAUGUCUGAACCUCUUUUGGAGUUCUGCUAAUCCCAAUGGAAAUGUACCAAGUGAGGCAACACUGAUAAGAUUUUGCAAAGUCAGGGUCUCAUCAAAUAGGUCAACGUAUUCUUCCUUAGAAAGUAUUCAUGAGUGUAUUUGUAUUAACUUUAAAAAGUCUUUAGACAUUCAAGUAGAGCAUUGGUUGAUUUAUUUCUUUAAAGCAUGUUUGUAACUGUACAUGUUGUAAAAAUUGUACUUUGAAUACCAUUGUCAUUUAAAAAAAUAUUUGUAUGAUUUUUUAAAAAAUUUGUAUUCUGUACAUGAAAAUUACCCACAUCCAAAGACGUGAAUUAUUUGCCUAAUGUGUUUGUAAAUUUCAUAUGGUAUCAAUGGAAACUUUGAUAACCUAUAUAGAGCUAAAUAAAACAUAGCUUAAAUAAUGCUA